UGGCAUGGCAUUAUGGCAUAUAGGCCACUUUCGUCAGUUCGUAAGCUGGAAUCAACUCUGACUAGAUUGAGUCGUAAACAUCGCACAGUCAACUCAACCGAUAAGGCCAAGAUAAUUCGUAGCUUUAGUUGUCUUCGAUUCAGCAGAAACAAAAUAUGGGGCGAAUGUUUGCACCGCAUUGAGCUGUUCUGCGAAAAGCCUCUAAAGGAAUUUAAAAAGUAUCACAGACUGGCUGGCAGCAAAAGGGCACACUCCGAGAAAAACGCAACAGCGAAAUCGGAUGCCAAACCGACUUCAUCAGUCGCAGGCUCGUCCUCUAGCAGUGGUCAAAAUGUACCACCACAGGAGUCUCAGCAAGGCCCGCCGAAAAACGACUGGAACCUUAGAAUGUUUGGUUCACAGCCCAGAGGAGAAAAAGGUGGCGGUGGAUCUGGCAGCGGAGAGGGUGGCGAAAAAGAGAAAAUGGUGAUUGUUGGAGCGUUGACCGGCUUAGCUCUGAUCACAUCGAUUGCGUACUUCGAGAUGGGUUACAGGGAAAUUUCCUGGAAGGAAUUCGCUAAAAAUUAUCUUAUUGGUGGUAUCGUAAAGAAACUAGAGAAUGUGAACGAGAAAUGGGUUCGCAUAAAGUUAACUCCAGAAAAUGUUGCGGAUUCUGCCAUACGAGUACCUAUACUGCCGAAAAUCUAUAGCAAGCGAGCCGCUUUCUACAAGGAGGUGGAGCAAAGCGCCAUAACAACAGAACAACGUGACUCGGACAAAAAGCAUGCUGAAGAUAUGCUUUUCGAUAUAUUCAAAAAUGAGGAAACGGGACUGUUGAACAUUGGAAAGUUCCUGGCGGCCCUUCGAACCACCGGAAUUCGUAGGAACGAUCCUCGCAUCGGUGAGAUGAUGGAAAACUUGAAAAAGGUGCACAAGUUGAAUAACUAUGACGGAGGAUCGCCACUGACGCAGAAUCUGAACAAGGAAACCUUCAAAGCAGUUAUUGCGCCGAGCAUUGUGCUGAUUGCGCGUGCCUUUCGGCAUCAGUUUGUUAUUCCUGACUUUCAGAGAUUCACCAAAGACAUCGAAGAAAUCUUCUGGAAGUGUAAGAGCAACACCGACGGCAAGGUUGCCAGUUAUAUUCCUCAGUUGGCGCGGGUGAAUCCGGACUUUUGGGGGUUAAGUGUUUGCACAGUUGAUGGUCAAAGAUUCUCGAUUGGAGAUUCGAGCGUACCUUUUACCUUGCAAAGUUGUAGUAAACCAUUGACCUAUGCGAUUGCGCUAGAAAAGUUGGGAUCUGACGUCGUUCAUCAGUAUGUUGGACAAGAACCUAGUGGUAGAAACUUCAAUGAACUUGUGUUGGAUUACAAUAAGAAGCCACACAACCCCAUGAUCAAUGCGGGUGCGAUUUUGAUUUGCUCGCUGCUGAAGACAUUGAUCCAUCCGGAGAUGACUUUGGCGGAAAAAUUCGACUAUACGCAGAAUAGGAUCAGUCGUAUGGCUGGAGGUGAUGCGAUUGGAUUCAAUAAUGCAGUAUUUUUAUCUGAAAGAGAAGCAGCCGAUCGAAACUAUGCGUUAGGGUUCUACAUGCGCGAGCACAAGUGUUUUCCGGAGAAAACGAAUCUUCGAGAAUGUAUGGAUUUCUACUUCCAGUGUUGUUCAAUGGAAUCUACGUGUGAGUCGAUGUCCGUUAUUGCUUCGACACUUGCAAACGGAGGUAUCUGUCCUUUGACGGAAGAAAAAAUCCUUCAAUCCGAAAACGUUCGAGAUGUUCUCUCUCUGAUGCAUUCCUGUGGCAUGUACGAUUUUUCUGGAGAGUUCGCUUUCAAAGUUGGACUUCCUGCUAAGUCCGGAGUAUGUUGCGGGAUAAUGUUGGUUAUUCCGAAUGUGAUGGGUAUUUUCAUGUGGUCUCCACCUUUGGACCCGCUCGGUAACAGCUGCCGAGGUGUGCAGUUCUGCGAGGAACUUAAUCAUAUUUUCAACUUCCAUUUAUACGAAAAUAUCAAGCAUAUCUCCGACAAAAAGGAUCCGCGCCGGCAUCGGUACGAAACCAAAGGAUUGUCGGUGGUGAACCUGCUCUUUUCGGCCGCCAGCGGGGAUGUUACAGCACUCAGAAGGCAUAAACUUUCGGGGAUGGACAUUACUCUGUCCGAUUACGAUGGCAGAACGGCACUUCAUCUGGCUAGUUCCGAGGGACACAUUGAGUGUGUUAAAUUCCUGCUUGAGCAUUGUGGCGUUCCCCACGAUGCGAAGGAUCGAUGGGGUAACCGACCGAUUGAUGAAGCGGAAACUUUCGGACAUACGGCAGUGGUUGACUUCCUCAAGGCUUGGGAUGAGAAGGUUGAGAUGGCUAAGAAACUAGGUAUCGAAACAGGAUACAACUCAGAUCGGGAUUGUUUAAAAAGCGAUUCCACUGGAAAGUGCGAAUCAACCGACAUUUUGAAGUAACGUUGAAGCAGAAAUCAUUUGAAACUGUCCAAAGUAGAUGAGAAGCUAUUAUUAACCUUUAUCCAACA